AUGACUAUGACGAUGGGAACCUCUUGUAAUGAAGGCGAUCAUGCUUGUCUUCAAGGUGGUUUUGCCCAAUGUGUUUCCGGAAAAUAUGUUAGCCUUGGUUGCUCCCCACCUACUGUUUGCUUUGAAUUACCUUUGUUAUUGAAGCCUGGCUCUGUUCCUACUUGCACUACCCCUGCCGAUGCUGCUGCCCGAAUUUCUAAUACCGGAGUCCAAGGUGGCGUCAAAGGAGACGGAACUGAAACACCUGCUGGAUCUAACUCGACCUCACCCAUUGCUGAUGCCCCCUCACUCAAUGGAACUGACAUGGGAAUGGGAGACAUGAGCAACAAUACUAUGUCUAUGAACACCAACGCGUCUGAUGCUACCCCUGAUCUAAACGCAACUUCAACCGCCAAUAACACUGACGCAGAAAAUGUCCCUUCAGCUGAGUCCACAGGUGCCGAUGCGCAGAGCUCCUCUGCCUUAAACGCGACGAACCCAGUCGAUGAUGCUGACAACUCAUUCGCCGCCGCGUCUAAAGCUACCAAAACAGACAACGCGAAAGCUUCCACCUCGAGCCCUGUUGUUUCUGCCAACUUAACCGACCCCCAGGCCGCCAUUGAUGCUAAUUCCAGUGUUUCAAUUAACUCUACCAGUAACUCGGAGGAUGAAGACUGUGUUGAGGAAUGA